AUCCAAACUCCGAGAUCGAAGCGGUGAUCCGACCUCAACAUGCUGCAUGAUCAUUGUUUCUCUUCCUCUUCUCCUCAAUGUUGUUCUUUGUAACUAAAAGCCCACAAAAAUGUGUUUUUUGUAACUAAAAGUCUGAUCUAAAAUGCCCCGCGGAGGACACCGAGGACAGUGGUACUCCAUCAGGACCGGUGCUGGUGGCUCAUGUAAAAAGUUCAAGCAGUGGGACGACUACUACACACCACGCUGGACCUUUUGGUACAAGCAGUCCGUAUCUUCGGGAAAUAAUGCUGCCCUUCCUCGUUAAGGCCAUCGUGAGAUGCUUUGCUUCUUCCUGAGCAACGCUUUCCAGCGGGAAAGCUUCUCGGGACGGUUCUCGAUUAUGGGUUCGGAUAUGGGCUCUAAUUCUACGAUAUCAAAAACGCACCUGUUGGGUCACUCUGGUCACUGCAGAUGCGAGGCGCACUGCCUGCGGCGAAGCAGUAUACAGCGAAUGUGAUGAAAUAUCUCGAGCCCCUAAAGUUAAGCGCGUAGGGAAUUUUUCUCCAAAGUCAUCUGGAUGAAAGAGAACCAAGAGGAAAAAGGGACCCAGAAGAUCCCAGAGAUGUAAUCCCGAUACCUCUAAUAGAGGCACUGCCCGGCGCUGAGGAAGGUAGCUGCAGCGUGGAAAACAGUGGGUCGUCUUAUGUGAGAGAUAUGCCAUAGUGCUAUAUUUUCGUCACAGGUCGUCUAUCUUUCCCAAUCUGUGUUUGAACAGGUUUCUCUUACAUACCGCUUCUCUUGCGUAUCCCUUUUCAUACUCGAAAUCGUGCGGAGUACAUGCUGCGUGCCCUUGAAGGCGCCAAACUUGAUAGAGGGACGGCGCGUUCUUGCCUGGUAAGACCAGGCCCAGAAAGCUACAACGAACACCCGAUGGCAGAGCUGAUGCGAACCACUGUCGCAGCUGUGAGGAAUGAGAGCUUAUCAGCCACGCAAAGUGUGGGCGAUCCUUCGAUAGUAGUUAAGAUUGGACCUUACAGCGUCCAUGUUGGUUGAUAAUUCCCAUCUUGGGGAAGAUCCGUUGCCGCUCUAGAGCAGAUAACAACUAGGGGUCUACGGAAAUAGACAUUCCUCGUACCGUUUCGUAGUCCGCAGUUUUUUAUGCACGAUGUCCGUUGAGCGGUUCUCUACUUUCAUUAUUUACAUAAGGUAGAAGUGGCAUUAGCAAUCUAAGUCGUCCGAGGAUGUUGGUGGAGCAGUGCCGCUGCCGCCAGGCAUGCAGCUGGGGGACAGCCCUUGCUUGCAGCAGGGCAUGAACACACCUGGCUGGCAGCAGGGACUUGGCGAAGGAACUGUCGAUAUUUAUGAGUGAAUCACUCAACGUUUUGAAGAGCUCGAUCUACUUAGUCCGUCCAUCAUUGCUUACGAUAAACAGGACGAUGAUACAGAGUAGUUUAUUACUUUUCUUGGCACUUCUCAUUUUCGCGCAAGAGAUUUCCCAUUUCGUCCUUCUACCUAGACUGGGGUGAAAGUGGAUAUUUACAGAACGGACCACAUGACCUCCACAACCAAUCCCACUCUUUCCUUUCUCUUCAUCACCCUAGUGGUCCGCCGACGACGACGUUUCUGGUGCAUAAACUUCAACGUCUGAUUGUUACGACUUCCGGAAAUCUUCCAUUCUGAAGAGCAUCUUGGGCGCCCCGUGUAAGGUUCAAACGGGUCGUCCAAGAUCGUCCAAGUAGAUCAUAGAAAUGAAUUGUUUUGAGCUCAAGAUCAUGACCUCCAUCAAGUGAUGGGAGAUUCCUGACCUCUAAGAUCGCACGUGCGGAGCUGUAUUGGAUUGACCAGAGGAGCACCUGUUUGGCUCUGGACCCGCAGAAGGGAGAUAACGUUCUACCAUUCAUAGACGAAAACGCGGUAGCAAUGAAUACUUUGUCAUUAAGGCUACAAGUUGAAAAAUGUUGAGGAACGAAUACUAGGCUGUACUUAGAACCUGAACGAUGUUGUUAACAAAGAAAAUCACACGAAUUAUGCCAUUUGCACAAUUAUUUACUACUCUGCAGCAAUUGUAUUUAUCAUUAUGUUGUCAUUUCGUAGUUCCGGGUGACGCUUACCCUCGAUGGUUUCGAAUGAACGCUUACCCUCGCAUUUUUUAAAAUUCCGUACAGCGUAGGUGACAGUGAACCCUAAAAAAGGCAACUUCUGCCCUGCUUCAACUCCAACUCCAACUUCCAAAACUCCUUCCUAAAGAACCCAACUUCUGCCCUUCUAUCUUCUAACUUUCGUUUCCGACAUCCUCUACAUGAAGCAUCGUACGAGACGGAGACAUCACCCUUACUGGGUUGAGAUCGAUCGCGUACACCGGAAUUGGAAGAAGCAUCAUCUGCACAACAACCGCGUAGCCAAGGAGGAAGCAAGAGCGCGUGUUGGCGCUUUCCGAAAAGCACAAGAGCUGCAGGAAGGAUACGACAGAAGAUGACACGGAUUUUGCUCUGUCCGCUUGGUGAAGGUGAAUGAUGAGGAUGCAAGAUCACGAGUCUUGUUGAAGUUAUUGAAAUUUGUGGCGGAGUACAAUGUUGAAAAUCGGUUGCCUUCCAACUUGUAGUAGGAGGGUAGCGCGACUGAAUGAAUGAAUGAAGGACCCAUGAAGAGUUGCUGAUUCAAGAGAUUCUGACAGACCAAAGAACUUAGAAAAUACGAGGUUCUUGGUAAGUGGAAUAACCUGUCUGUAACUCGUCCUGCGGUUGCACCAGCACGACCUGUAUUCCUCAAAAGUAACUUUGCUUGUGUGUGUUUCUCAGCAAAGGUCCUCCAGUCAACUCGGGAAGCAUGGGAAGUGAAG